GAACGCGGGAUUGACCGCCGCUCGCUGUAGUCGCUUCCGCGGGGACGCGCAGAAGCUUCGCCGCCUCCAUAGUUUACCACUUUCAUUAAUGGGUCAAGUUCUGCCCACUCCCACUCCCACUUUCCAACCUCGCAGCCCUCCGGCGGUCCUCCCCAACUUCCAGCCUGCGGGCCUGCGGCCGUCCUGCUCGCCGGCGGUGCGAGGGGAGGGGGAGGGGGGCGCACCCACCAGCAGCGACCUACCUAGCAGUUUCUCUCAGUAGCUACUGCCGGCGGUUGACGGCGACUCCCUGCGCCGUAUGUGCCAUGCCACCGCAGGUACAGAGGUCGAUGAUAUGUCGAAGUUGUCGUCCUACUAGGAAAUAGAGUAUACGAUGGAGAACGAGUCACAGCACUCAAGUACGACACCAAGGGAUUUUACAUUCCAAUUGUUAAAGCAAAUUACAAAUGAUUUUUCCGAGGACAACAGAAUUGGUGUUGGCGGGUAUGGAGUAGUCUACAAGGGAACGCUCGACAAUGGUGAAGUGAUUGCUGUGAAGAAGCUUUAUUACAAGCAUCCAGGACUUGACAGCGACAAGCAAUUUCAGAAUGAGUGUACUAACCUUAUGAGGGUUCGUCAUCAAAAUAUAGUAAGAUUGGUUGGCUACUGCCAUGAAAUACGUCAUAAAUGCGUAGAGCACAAUGGGAAAUAUGUUUUUGCUAUGGUGGAAGAUAGAGCUCUCUGCUUUGAAUACUUGGAGGGUGGAAGCCUUGACAAACAUCUCUCGGACGAAUCCUGCGGAUUUGGUUGGCACACGCGUUACAAAAUCAUUAAAGGAAUUUGUGAGGGAUUAAAUUACCUUCAUAAUGGAUCAAAAGAAUCAAUUUUCCAUCUGGACUUGAAACCAGCCAAUAUAUUGCUGGAUAGGAAUAUGAUGCCAAAGAUAGGAGAUUUUGGUCUGUCCAGACUCUUCGAUUCAACAGAAACCUGUUCCACCAAAGGAAUUAUAGGAACACCUGGAUACAUGCCACCAGAAUACAUCAAUAGGUUCCACAUCACACCAAAGUUUGACGUAUUCAGUUUGGGCGUUACAAUCAUAAAAAUAAUGGCAGGACACCAGGGCUACUCCAACUUUGCGGAUAUGUCUUCCCAAGAAUUUAUUCAACUUGUACAUGGAAACUGGGAAAAGGCGUUGCGGACAACUGUGUUGUCAGAUACAUCACAUGGAGUUAAGAAAUGCAUUGAAAUAGCAUUAAAAUGUGUGGAGGCUGACCGAGCGAAAAGGCCUACUAUAGCCGAGGUUGUGGAUGAAUUGAGUAAGAUUGAUACUACCAUUAUCGAUGAACUAAAUAAGAUUGAUACAGCCAGAAGUUCAACAAUAGAGCAGGUCACCAAUCUACGAAGCAAUCAGGCCUUCAACCCAUGUGUAAACUCAGGAAUGUUUGCAAAAGAUGGGAGUAUGAUUAGUUCCUGCAGCAGUCGAGCCACUCGAGCCUCUUCGGAUUCGGUGCUUCUAAGCACGAAUAUUAAAUGCCAGAUCUUGCCAUCAGCCAGUGUUAAAAUCUUCAGUUAUGAUAAUCUCAGGUUAGCCACAAGGAGGUUCCGUGCUAACACAAUGACCGGUGAAGGAGGAUUUGGAUGUGUAUGUAAAGGAUGGAUUGAUGAGAACACAUUUUCACCUUGCAAACCUGGCACUGGUAUACCUGUCGCAGUGAAAAGAUUCAACCCGGAGAGUUUGCAAGAGCACCAAGAAUGGUUGGCAGAAAUUAAUCACCUAGGUCACCUUUCCCAUCCCAACCUUGUGAAGCUAUUUGGCUACUGCUUAGAGGAUGAGUACCGGCUACUCGUUUACGAGUUUUUACCACAUGGGAGCUUGGAAAAUCAUCUUUUCAGGAGAGGCUCAUGUCAACCUCUUUCAUGGAACAUGAGAAUGAAAGUUGCACUUGGAGCUGCAAAAGCACUAGCUUACCUUCACAGUACAAAUAUUAUUGUUAGAGAUGUUAAGAAUUCCAAUAUUCUCCUUGACACAGACUAUAACGUGAAGCUCACCGGUCUUGGAUUGGCAGUUAAUGGUCCUGUUGGUGAGGAGAGUCAUUUAUCUACGAGGAUUAUGGGAACAUAUGGUUAUGCAGCUCCAGAAUAUGUGGCAACAGGUGAGAGAGAGUACAUGCCUCCUAGGAGGUUAUAUUUACAGGGUCCUAGCGCCUCCGAUCAGUGGACAUCCCAGGAGGCGGGCAGGACUACUCGCAGCCCCUGUGCCCCAGCUUGCGCCCAACAUUUGGCCUCGUCUUUAAAGGAGCAAUGGCAUCUUGAAAGUUGUUUUUCACUCUCAAGAGAAUACAAAGCUCACACCUCGAUGUUGAUAGAAAGAAAGAGUUGCAACUUCUUUGUUAUUUCAGGCCGACUUACACAGAAGUGUGACAUCUAUGGCUUUGGAGUAUUGCUUCUGGAGAUGUUGUCAGGUCGCCGUGCCCUUGACCCGAACCGACCAGCAGAGGAGCAACACCUUGUGGACUGGGCCAGACCAUAUCUCAAACAUAAGCACAAGAUACGUUGUAUCAUAGAUGCCAAGCUAGGAGGUAUUUACUCAUUCGGUGCGGUGCAGAAAAUCGCUGCCCUUGCCCUCGAGUGCGUUUGCUUGGACCCCAAAAAGAGGCCGACCAUGGACUCGGUGGUCUCUGUCCUUGAAGGUGUUCAGGAAGCCGAGGAACCAGAAGCAGCGGAGCACCAGGAAUCAAACAAAAAGGUCACUGCGAGCAGGAAGAACGGCAAAUCUCGCUGGAAUAUCUUCGGAGGGGGGCCGUCGUGACCCAAAGCCAUCUGUUCGCUUGGCAUAGCAGGACAGGGUUUGAUCUGAGUUGUUACUGAGCUUGGUGGUAGACUGCAAACGAAUCAUGAGGAUGCCACGCACGCAGACGCAGGAGCUAAAUUUAUGAAGUCGUCCACACAUGCUAUUACCAACACUGGACAGUGUCAAGAUGUAAUAUAUUUGAUGCUGACGGCUGAAACACCUUACACCUCAGAAUUAAGCACGAUUUUGCCUGCCGAGAAGCAAGAUGACUCGCUACAAACACUGAUAAGAUGAAGACGACACCAAUCUUGAUGACACAUUGACAUGGUAUCGACAGUGCUGUAAAGGUAAAACAUGUUUUGGCUGUAAUUUAUGUUCACAAUAGGCAAUAAUAGCAAACCGAAUUGAAAAACCUGUUACAAUCUGUACCAAGUUUGCAACUCGAGAGGAUUGACAAUGGAGAGAAUUCUUUCUUAUUGUUUCAUUAAACUCAAGAGGAUUAUGCAA